AGCAGCACAGUGUCGUUAUAAUGACGUCAAUUAUUGGACAUUAUUAGUCGGCGACGUCGUAGACCAAUAAGCGACGUCCAUAUGACGUGACAUUUCAGAUGUCAUUUUGACGUCGUCUAGAGACGUCUUUCGUACGUUUGUUUUCGGUCGUUUUAAGUGCUUUUUAAUCAACUAUAAAAAAAAUUAGAACGAAAGUUUAUUACAAAAACUAAGCCCUAUACGUGCUUUAUAAAAAAUUGUACAUUUUAAAUUGUUGUUUACCUAAAAUUUGGAUAUAAAUAUAAAUUCAUUAAUUAGCAAUGAAAAUACUAAACUGACGUUUUAAGUGGAAAUGCAAUUUGAAUUUAAAGAUGAAGUGAGAAUGUUGUAAUUAACAAUUAUUUAACUAUUUUAUUAGUAGGAAACAAUUAUUUUUAGCAUCGAUUCCUGUCGAGGCUGUCGACCAAGAUUUAAUUUUGGCGCGAUUUUAAUCGAAAUGCCACGAUACGAUACGAGACGUGCAGGCGCAUGCGUGCUGGACUGCUGGUGUGAACGCGUGUGCGCGUAAUGGCGGACGGCAGCAAAAAGUUGUUUGGCGGUUUGUCGGCAUAUCUAUCGACUUUUGGAGGGAGAGAUUUUACUGGACAUACAAACCGCAUUUUAAAUUUUUUGUUCAUUUAUUCUCUUGCAACUAAUUGGAAUUUUUGUGGCAAACGAGGUGAGAAAAAGACUUUUAAAAACUUAAACGUAAAGGAUGUGAUUAUUGGUGCUGUAAGAAAAAGCUCCCCUCUAGUCAGUCAGAAAGAAAUAGAAGAUACCAUCAAGGUGUGGUUGAAACAUGCACCAGAGAAAUUGAAAAAGCAGCAGCAUGGCAACCCGUAAGAAAAAAAGUGUUGUUAGUCAAAGACAACUCUACAGAAGGGUGGCAGAAGCAAAUUUAGCACCUGUGAGUCAGAAUUGUUAUAAUACAUCUUUAAUAGUUAAUAAUGAUUCCAAUGAAUCAUCAAAUUCCGUUUUUUUUUGCUGGUUCAAUGUGUGAAAGUGAAAAUGACACCUGUUCCUCAAGAGAUUUAGAUUUUAAUGUAAACUCGCCUAAUGAAAAUUUGCUCUUCAAUGAUGCGACGUUAUACAACCAUUUGACUUCCUAUUCCAGUAACGUGCCCCCUAACGAUUUAUUUUCUAAUGAACCGCCGCCUAGCGAUUUGCAUUCGAAAUUGUCAAACUGGGCAGCUUCAAGGUACGUUCGACGUACAGUAGUUACUCAUCUCUUGCAUUAUCUCCACCAUUUAAAAUCGUUAGUUCAGUCUCCGAAUAAACCGUUACAACAGAUUAAUAGACGCUUAAAAGAAAUUGAAAUGACAGUGUACGAAAAACAUGACUCUACUUCACCUGAUGAUGAACACUUCUGUAAAUGUGAAUUGUCCCAUUUCUUAGGACCAACGCCAAAUUUCUCUUGCAAGCAGUAUAAAAAGCUUCAUUAUAAAGAUUUUAUUUUUUCUAUUGCAUCAUAUUCAGAAGCAAAUUGUUUUUGUCUUACCUUAGAAGGACUGGUUUUCAAAAUAGAAAAUGUAGUGGAUAAUAAUGGAGCAGUUUUUAUAUUAGGUAGGAGGUUUCAGGAUUACCGUUCAUUUUACAAAUACCCUGUCGACUCAAAAGAAUUUAUACAAAAUUUAUCAGAGUAUAUCGAGUUAUUGCACUGCCACAAAGUUUUUUCGAAAUGUAUUGUUUUUCCUUUCAAGCAGGAAUGGUUGUCAUUUUCAUUAUUGCAUCAUUAGUAAUUCCUUAUUUCAACUUUUAUGUUCUAUAAGUGUAAUAGUAUGUAGUUUUUUAAGAUUUUGUAAUAAACUGGUAUUAAUUUGAA